AUGGAUGACAACCAAGGAUCCCCGACAGUGAAAAGCGAAGUGCUAACUGGCGGUGAAGAGGUGACGUUUAAUGCUCAUCAGCUUCUGACGUAUGACUACGAAAGGGAGAUCCAAAUUCUUGAGCGGGACAUUCGACAGCAGAAAGAGUCUAGUGUGAAUGCUAAGACGGCGAUCACCUUCGAACAGCUACGGAAAAUUCACAACCUUGGGAAAUUGCUCGGACCACAGAAGGAAUUGUUUUUCGAUAGAAUAUGUAGAGCUGCAGACAUACAACGAGCGUCUUUGAAAAAUCGAUUAAAACAAAAUAAAGAGAAAUUCGAGCCUCCAACACUGACCUCUUAUCGGGGGUGUUACCAAGAACCCAGCACACCUAACGAAAAUGCUUCCUGCUUUAUGACGCCACAUUGGCAACAAAUCACGCAGCUCAACUCCGCAAAUGAGGAUUUUGACAGAAAGCUUAAUUACCUCUCUCCACCUACUCUGAACAGUCUCGUGCAAGUUUCGGCAAUCGAAGCUCCUCGAACACCAUCGUCGUCAACAGCGGAACUCGCCCCUUUGCUUCGUCCGGGCAGCGUUUCGGAAGACGAAAUGAAACUUCCAGCGGAAAGAUCACUCGACUUGAUGCAGUUGGGGUUCUCUUUCGAAGAAGUCAAGCAGAUAGCUGAUCUAUUUGACCAAUACAAGGAGAUAAUCAAACCUCAUAACCCAGGUCUCACUCUGAACCAGGCUUUAAGUCAGUUUGCCAACCUCAUUUCCAUAUCAGUUCCUGAAAACUUGAGACUGCUUGCACACACAUUCAACUUGCUAGAGAUGGGCUACACCAGGCAAGAGGUUGCUCGUCUGCUGGCGAAGGAGCGACGGAGACCUCCAAUGGACGUCACAGAUGUGGAUAUGAAAUCGAAGAGAAUAAGGACAAACUCGGGGACAGAAACCAACGGAGAGACAUAUGUCGCCCAAGAGACAAAUGGUAACCAAUCGGAUGAUGAGGUGCCAACUUCUUGA